UAUUGAUGAUGAUGAUGAUGAUGGUCUAUAUGAAUUUAACCUGAUCAUACUUACCUGAAUCUAAAUCAAAAAUUUUUAAUCAUUCCAUUUUCAUUAUAUUUUACAUUUACAUUAUAUAUAAAUUGCUGCCCAAUUAUGAAUGAUUCGGUUGAUAAUCAAUUUGAAGAUUUAUCAUUAAAUCAUAUAAAUCUUCCAUAUAUUGAUCCAGGAGAAUUUAUCGCUGCUAAUAUGCUCGGUUAUGGUACUUUUGGCUAUGUAAAAGAAGCAUCAUGGAAAGGACAAAAAGUUGCCAUCAAAUAUAUUUAUAAUAAAAAAGAUUUUUUCAAAGAAGCCGAACAAUUGUCACGUGUCAAACAUGAAAAUAUUAUUGGUGUUUAUGGAACUACAUUGAAUGUUGAAAAAAAUGAUUUUGGCCUUAUUCUAGAAUUCGCUGAUGGUGGCAAUCUUUUUAAUUUUUUACAUGCAACAAAUAUGCGUACAGUGAAAUAUACAUUGGCUCAUUCCAUUUCCUGGUGCCUACAAUGUGCUCGUGCUGUCCAUUAUCUACAUUCAUUAAAUAUUCUUCAUCGUGAUCUUAAACCAUUAAAUUUACUUUUGACAAACAAAUGUCGUACAUUAAAAAUUUGUGAUUUUGGUACGGCUCGAGAAAAACAAACAACAAUGUCAAUAAAUCUGGGAACACCUCGUUGGAUGGCACCAGAAGUAUUUCGUUCGAAAAAAUAUACCGAAAAAUGUGACGUAUUUAGCUGGGGAAUAAUCCUUUGGGAAGUAUUGUCACGAAAAGCUCCUUUUCAGAAUUUUGAUAAUAAUUAUGCCACAUUAUGGGCUAUACAAAAUGGUACAAGACCGCCAAUGAUGCGUGAUUGUCCAGAAAUUUUGCGACGAUUAAUAACCGAUUGUUGGGAUUAUGAUCAUUCCAAACGUCCUUCAAUGGAAAAAGUUGUUAUAAUUAUGGAAAAAAUCUUGAGCUUAUGUCCUAAUGAAGCAAACGAUGAGAUCAAUCCGAUAAAACAAGAAAAUUUUGAAUAUAUCAGAAUAGCCAACAUUUCCAAUGUUAAUACUGGCACUAAUUCCACCAAUAAUACCAUAUUUUCUGACGAUUGUCUAAUGCCAAGAAUACCGAAACCAAAUGUCGGUCAUAAACGAUCCAAUUCAAGUGAUGCUCAAAUCAUAUUAGCUCAGGAAAAUGUGAAUGAAAAUCAAGAAAUUUCAGAAGAAAAAAUUCAAGAAUUAUUCCAAUAUUUUAAUGCUCAUUUGUUUCUACCGCCACAUUUUGUACCACCGCCACCAAACGUUCAGAAUAGUCAAUCAAUGAUUGUAUUUGAAAAUCAUCGCAAAUCAGCAUUAAAAUUAUAUCGAAUGAAAUCUGAAUGUGAAUUUUGGAUGAAUCGAAUAAAAGAAUUGGAGGAGAAACGAAACAAUCCACAUCUGAUUGAAGAUUCAUCAGCCCAUUAUAUUCAUCUGACAACAGAGAAAAUGAAUCUACAAAAAACUCGUUCAUCAUUUGCUAAACAAAUGAUUGAAUUGAUGAGAAAAAAAGAUACAGUUCCACAACGUUUAGAUGGUGAAUGGAUAUUAAUCGAUCAUUCUAGUCAUAAACAACAACAACAACAACUGUCUCAACAAUAAUCCAAAAUUAUCAAAUGCAAUGAUUUUUAAAUGCGGAAUUUAUAAAUGUUUUUUUUCAAAUAAAUAAUGUUUAUUGAUCGACAAAAGAUGGCGUUUU